GGUGACGAAUGAGAGAUGUGGGUGUAAAUUCAUAAUAAUAACAGCUUUGAUUAACAGAUGCACAGCUGACAGAAGAGAGCUGACGAUGGCUGGAUAUAGAACAAUGAUGGGGUUGCUCUUGACUGUUGGGAUUGUUUUUCAACUGUCAGAGUCACGUGUGACAUGCAGGAAUGAUGAAGGAAACGAGGUGGACUGGUAUAUUCUGUACAAGUUGCCCCUGGGGCAUUCCGAUAACGGUUUGUCCUAUCUGUACAUGGAUGAGAGCACCGAUGGAUGGAAACUCAGCAAACAUACCAUUGACAGUUCAUCUGGCACUCUUGCAAACACCCUGGAACCUCUUUUGGACUACUACGUCAGAAAGACUGAAGGUUUUGGAUACAUUUUAUAUAAUGAUCAACUUGAAAAAAAAACAGUUUCUUCAUCAUAUGGACACAGUAAAGGUGUUGUGAUGUUGGACAGAGCAACAGGAGUCUGGCUCUCACACUCUACACCGAAAUUUCCAACAGAUCAAAGUAAAAGCUUCUGGCCAGAAAGUGGAAACGUUAAUGGUCAGACAUUUUUGUGUGUGACUUACUCCUAUGGUACAUUUAAAGAAAUAGGAUUACAGCUCAUGUACAUUCAUCCCUAUGCAUAUGACUAUGUCAUCCCGAAAACCUUUCACAUGGAGCUGCAAAAGGUUGCACUGAAAACUGGUUACCCAGGAAAAGAACCCUUUUCUAGUGUGACAUUUCUGAGAUCAGAAGGAGGAGAAUUUUUCCACAGCUUUGCAAAAUACACACGUUUUAAUGAUGAUCUUUAUUCUGGCCUUAUUGUGGAUGAUAUGGAGGAGAAUCUGUACGUGAAAGGCUGGGGAAACAAGGGUCGCUCAGUUCUGCUGCCGUCUGACUGCAGCACACCGCAUCAUCAUGUGUACAACGUAAAGAAGGUUAAACUCCUGGAAACGGUCUACAAUGAUACUCAAGAUCACUCCAAGUGGUGUGUGGCUCCUAUUAGUGGAUGGACCUGCAUUGCUGAUUUGAACAGGCAUGAGAGUCAGAAGUAUAGAGGUGGAGGAGCAAUAUGCAUUAAAGACGUUGCAGUUGCAAAAGCUUUCUGGACCACAAUCAAAACUUGGUGGAAGAAGUACUCAGAUCUUGUACCUACUUAAGUAAAAGUUGCAACACUAAAUUGUGAAAAUACUCUGGUACAAAUAAAAGUCCUGCAUUCGAAAUCUUAUUUAAGUAAAAGUAGAACAAUUAUUCACAUUAACAUAUAGUUAAAAUAACAAAAGUUAAUAGUAAAGAAAAGUUCACGAGGGACGUCUUUAAACAGGUGGUCUAGGGGUAGAGGAAUGUGAGAAUUUGGUUAGGGAUAUUGCCAAAUAUCUGGAACAAACUACCAGAAACCUGCCGGUCCGCUGCAACUCUUACUACUUUUAAAUCCAGGCUAGAGACUUUUCUUUUUGCCGCUGCUUUUAAUUGAACUAUUCACAUCUUACACUGCACUGUAACUUGUAUUCAUGUACCUGUGUUAUUCAUGUUUUAUUAUCUUUGCUUUUUAAUGUUUCUAAUGUGUUUUAUGUCUUUCAUUUUUGUAAAGCACUUUGAAUUGCCUUGUGUUGAAAAGUGCUAUAUAAAUAAACUUGCCCUGCCUUGCCUAGUACUCAAUAUGCGUAAUGGCGUAUUUCGGAAUAAAAUAUAUUGUAUGACUGGA